AUGCCCAAAUAAAAACGUGGUGAAUAGAGUUCCAAGCGGAUCCGACCCCCAGAAACCCUAACCCACUCGGCCCUUAAAAAUCUCCUUCCCAAGAAAUUUGAUUAAUGAGAAAUCCGUUUGAGGAAUUAUCAAGAAAUUCCGAGCCGUAAAUCUUAUUGAAUCACUGUUGGAUGAUCAGUUCGUACGUAACGCAGUACCGUUAGUCGAUUAUCUUUUGGUUUGAGAGUAAUCAAAACCGAAACGAAUUAAGAAGAAUGGGGAAGAAGAAGAAAAGAGGGGCGAUGGAUAAGGUUUGGUGCUAUUAUUGUGACAGGGAAUUCGAAGAUGAGAAGAUAUUGGUGCAGCACCAGAAGGCAAAGCACUUUAAAUGUCACGUUUGCCACAAGAAGCUAUCCACUGCCGGCGGUAUGGCCAUCCAUGUCCUCCAGGUCCACAAGGAGCAAGUAGCCAAAGUUCCAAAUGCAAAACCUGGGAGAGAGUCAACAGAUAUUGAAAUAUAUGGAAUGCAAGGAAUUCCGCCUGAUGUGUUAGCUGCUCACUAUGGAGAGGAAGAGGAAGACACUCCUUCAAAAACAGCUAAAGUUGAAAUUCCAUCAUCCCAAACGGUCGGUGGCAUGAUUCCGGGAUCAUUAGGUGUGGGGUUUCCACCUCGGCCAGCUUUGGGCACGAUGCCACCUUUUUAUAAUCCUGCAAUUCCUAUGCCUCCUGGUGGGUGGCCUGUUUUACCUCGCCCACAACCUUGGUAUCCACAACAUCCAGCUGUGUCAGUUCCACCUUCUGCACCAAUGUCACAGCAGCCUUUGUUUCCUGUACAGAAUGUCAGGCCGCCUGGGCCACCUGCAACGUCCCCUGUGCUUCAACCAUCAAUGCCAAUCACACCGCCUGGAAUGUCUGCAGCUUCUCCUGUUCCUAUAUCUCAACCUCUGUUCCCUGUUGUUCCUACCAACAAUCUUUCUCAAAGUUCACCCUUUCCUGCACCUAUGCCUCCAAAUAGCAUUGCAUUAAGCUCUUCUGCAGAACUUAAGAGUGCAGAUCCACACAUGGGCGGUAACUCUUUGGCUAUUAAUAGCUAUCUUGCCUCUGGCAUUCCAGGCAAAAGAUCUAAAUCUGGAACUCGUACUGACACUAGAUUGAUUAUGAACACUUUAUCCCUCGUAAAGCGGUGAGCACAAGCAAUUCCUAAUGUGCCAGCUGUAUUUGGAAGAGACUGCAAAUUGGUUCAAUGUUUAGAUUGUAGAACUUGUGUAUCCCUUAUUUUCUCAUGGCGACCAGCACAAAUAAAAAGUAGGAAUAGUCUAUUAAGAGCAUGGUUAUAACCCUUCAGAGAAGAUUAUAUCUUCUGGCUUCGUUUGCAGAAGGCGUUUCAUUUGAUAAAGUUGUGGGUGACAAUUGGAUGGGAAAUAUGGCAUUGUAUUGGCAAUCGACUCUGAGUGAUGGAAUAUUUUCUCAAUGAUUGUAAUCGUGGAUAGAGUUCUGUAUAAUUUAUGGUAGCGGAAGCUCCUGCCAACUGGUAGGAGAUUAUCCGUUAUGAGGGUUUCCGGGUGAACAACUAGUAGACCUAAAUAAGGCUAACUUAAUCAGACUAUAUCUUCCGUUAUCAUUGGUAGUCUUGCUCUGUCUAGCUGGAUUUAUGGUGAUGAAAAUGGAUACCUUGUGUUUCUAUUCUCAUUCUGAGAAAUAAAGAGUAGUUCGGUUUUUUUCAGAUAAAUGAUCACUUGAGGGCUUUUUGGUAUUUCUCUUAUAUUAUUAUCUAAGUGUUGGUAAUUGUCUAUGCGUUAAUGCUGGAAAAUAUAGGUGAGAAUCUGCACCUGUCUUGUGCUGUCCAUAUUCUAUCAUUCUCUCUUAGCACAUGCUUUUUCCCCCAAUU